AUGAGAGCCGCCGUUGCAUACCAAACAGUCCGGUCAGCAUAUCUGCGCUCCGCCAGACCAAACGUGACAGCCGUUCGCCUGGUCCCGGCCAGCAAUCUUGGUCUCAGAGCUUCGUCGUCAUUUUCUAGUCUGCAGCGAGAGUCGAGCGAGGGCAAGAAUGUCAUCAUUACGGGCUCGAGCCGGGGUAUAGGCAAGAGCAUUGCCCUGCGGCUGGCCGCCGACGGCUACAAUGUCUGCAUCAACGACGUGGCCGCCAACGCCAAAGGUGGCGAAGAAGUCGCCCAGGAGAUACGAUCGCGGUUAGGGAGAAGGGCGUGUUUCGCGGUUGCCGAUGUCACGAAGCGGGCAGAGGUCGUGGAUAUGAUACAGACUUGUGUCAAGGAGCUGGGGCCUCUCCACACCAUGAUUGCAAAUGCCGGGAUCGCCCAAGUCAAGGCCCUGUUAGAUCUCACAGAGGAAGACUUUGAGCGCAUGUUUGCAGUCAAUGUCUUUGGAGUGCAAAACUGCUAUGCCGAGGCGGCCAAGCAAAUGAUCCGGCAAGGGAACUGCACACCCGAGCAGCCGGGCAAGAUCAUUGGGGCCGCGUCCAUUGUAGCCUUCAAGCCGUUUGCCCUGCUCUCCCACUAUAGCGCAAGCAAGUGGGCGGUCCGCGGGCUGACGCAGGCAUAUGCGUCGGAGCUGUCGGAGCACCACAUUACCGUUAAUGCGUACGCGCCCGGGAUUGUCGGGACCGCCAUGUGGGAGGUGAUUGACGCGGAGCUGGCCAAGAAGUAUGAUGUGCCCAAAGGCUCUGUGAUCAACAAGUUCGUGACCGAACUCACCGCAUUGGGCCGUGUUAGUGUACCGGAAGAUGUGGCCAAACAUGUGAGUUUUCUGGCAAGCAGUGAUAGUAACUUUGUUACAGGACAGACGCAGGUUGUUGAUGGAGGAAUCAUCUUCACAUGA